AUGUCGCAGAUUCCACCACCUGUACCAGGCCCUGGUGGAUCUUAUCCUCCACAAAGAGGACCAAUCCAAACACCCAAAACUGACCGACCAUCUCACCCACAAUCCUAUCUUUUGGCUCAAUCGCCCUAUCCUUCUCAAAUGGCACCUACUCAGCCGCCCCUAACACUUUCAAACGUUUCUCAUGCUUCGCCUUCGUUGCAUGGACCCAAUGUUAGACCAGGCACACAGUACACUUCGUAUCCAGCAUCUCAUUCUUUAAAUGAUAUUCCACAUUCCCAGCCUAUGUCUGGACCCCCGUCAAUUCCAUCUUCAUCUGGACUGAAUUCCGGUCAUUCACACUAUGAAUCGCAAAGUGGAUUGUAUUCUUCUGCUCCCCAGCCACAUUCAUCCAUUCAAUCACACCCACCGACAUCCAUGCACGCGCAGAUGCCGGCUGGCGGAUCAUUGCCUCAGCAGGGACAUCACAAUCAAAUAGUCAGUGGAUCUAUGCCAUCAAGUGGAACUAUAACUCCUACUCACAUGCAGCCUCACAGUUCAACAGCUGCACGACCAGAAUCACCUUCUACAAGCCAGCAGUCACAUACAUCAGCGGGAGUUGCAGGACCACCAAAUACUGCAUUUAAUUUCAAUGAGCCAAAUCCAUCUCCGGCCGGGUAUCGCCCAUUAAAUGUGCGAGAUGCAUUAUCAUAUUUGGAUCAAGUAAAAAUUCAAUUUGGUGACCAGCCCGAGGUUUACAAUCGAUUCUUGGAUAUCAUGAAAGACUUUAAAUCGCAAGCAAUUGACACGCCUGGAGUAAUCGAACGUGUAUCGUCCCUGUUUCGUGGACAUCCAAAUCUGAUUAUGGGAUUCAAUACUUUUCUACCACCAGGGUAUCGCAUUGAGCCAACCAACAAUCCCGCAGAUCCUGUGCGUGUGACUACCCCGCGUGAUCACCCUUAUGUUGUAAACCAGAUUGCUCCCGCUGCAUCUGCAGGAAAUGAUCCUUAUCAUCCUACUAACCGUGGCGAUAGUGCAAGUCGUGAUGGUGUGUCGUAUGGUCCUCCAGGUAGCAGCAUUGCUUUAUCAUCUUUGCCUUCUAUUGCUCCAGGGGGUCCACAUCCUAGCGCUGCGUAUGGCUUACCAAUGCAUAACGGCGCACCUCCUCAUAUGUUGCAUUCAGGUGAUUCUCAUAUGAGUGCCAAGCAUGUUCCUUCUAAUCAAGGAAAAGAUGGAUUUUCAAAUGCACCUAUUUCUGGAGCAGUGCGUUACGGAGCUCCACACGGCUCUACUCAACAUCUAUCUGGCUCUGGUCAACCUUCUCAAUAUUCCUCUGCUUCUGGUCCACCUCCUAUGCAGGUUUAUGGCGAUGAUAAUGCUAGCUCUUUUGGCCACGAUGCCAAUGCUCGUAGUAAUCGUGGUCCAGUCGAAUUUAACCAUGCGAUCAACUAUGUAAAUAAGAUCAAGAAUCGAUUUUCGACAGAGCCUGACACUUACAAGCAAUUUUUAGAAAUUUUGCAAACAUAUCAACGAGAAGGAAAGCCAAUCCAAGAAGUGUAUGCCCAGGUUCAAAUUCUGUUUAAAGAGGCACCAGAUUUGCUAGACGAAUUCAAGCAGUUUUUGCCUGAUAAUAGUCAACCUCAGUCACAGUCUUUUCAGCAAGCCCAACCACAAAAUCAGACACAUCCACAAACCCCUCAGCAAUCUUCUCAACACGCUCUCUCUGCAACGGAAAAUGGGAUCAAAUCUGCUGAUCAAAGUGCCAAGAAACAGGCAAAGCGCCAUUCUGGUACCAAUUUUCCCAUGAGUUAUGCUGGUCCUCCUAGCCAGCUUCCACCACCUAAAAAAAAGAUUCGGACUGGCAAUGGCAUUCCUUCUUCCUCGGCAAUGCCCUUGACAUCGAUUGCUUACAGGGGAAAAGUGGCAUCUUCUGGCGAGCUGGAUUUUUUUGAAAGAUGCAAACGGGUAAUUGGAAACAAGGCAUCUUAUAACGAAUUCCUUAAACUGUUGAAUCUGUUUACCCAGGAGAUUAUUGACAGCAAAACUCUUGUUGAACGCACUGAGCCUUUUUUGAUGCGCAGCCCUGAGCUUUUUGAAUGGUUCAAGAAAUUUGUCAAGUAUGAAAAUGAUGAAGUCAUUUACAAUAUUCCAGCCGACCGACCCGAAAUUGAUUUGCGUAGCUGCAAACGCAGUGGCCACAGUUAUAGAAAGCUACCCAAGGAUAUUCCUCGUCCAGCUACUAGUGGUCGUGAUGAGCUUGCCAAGGAAGUGCUAAACAAUGAUUGGAUUUCUCAUCCUGUAUACGUUUCCGAGACUGGUUUUGUUGUGCACAAAAAAACACCAUAUGAAGAAGCCAUGUACAAAUGCGAGGAGGAGCGUUAUGAGUUUGAUCUCAAUAUUGAAUCUAACUUGCGUGUUAUCGCAAUGCUUGAACCCAUUGCCAAGCAACUCCAAAUCAUGUCUCCUGAAGAACGAACAAAGUUUCGACUUUCACCGGGACUUGGAGGCUAUUCUGUUGCAAUUUAUCAGCGCGCUAUCAAAAAGGUGUACGAUAAGGAUCGUGGCGCCGAAGUGAUUGAUGCUCUACACCAAAAUCCUGCUAUUGCUGUUCCUAUUGUACUUAAGCGUUUAAAGCAAAAGGAUGAAGAGUGGAAGCGCUCACAACGGGAAUGGAACAAAGUAUGGAGAGAAAUUGAUGCCAAAAACUGUGCCAAAGCUCUUGAUCACCAAGGUAUUCACUUUAAAGCAUCUGACCGUAAGGCCAUGAAUGUCAAGUCUCUUGUCACUGAAAUCGAGGUUCUUCAGCGCGAGCAGUGUGAGAAACGCUCCAACUUGGCUAACCGCUACCAAUUUGAUUUUGCAUUUAAAAGAUUGGAUAUUUUCCGUCAUGUCAGGCGCAUUCUUGCUUCUUAUAUUGAGCCUCCUAGUCCUGCAUCUGGACCGGAUGACGAUCGUAUUCGCGAGUUUUUGGAUGUGUUUGUAAAGCGAUUCUUUUUGAUUGAGAAUUUGGUUGGAUACGAUGAGGAUAGUGAGAAUACUCCUGUUAGCGGAAACGGCUUUGAAUCGGCUAUGGCCAUCGAUGCUGACUCGCAUGGUGCUUAUUCUGGUCAUGUGGCUACUCCGGAUGCAUGCAUUCCUGGUUCACAAACGUUUAAAAAAACCAAUGAUGGAACAAUGAUGAACACGGAUGGAUCCAUUGAUGUUGAUGUACCUAUGGCUGAUACAGAAAUGAGCAUGGCUGGUGAAAGUGAAUGCAAACUCGAGCAUAAUACUCGCAAACGUACCUCCUACUCGUUUUAUGCAAACACGAAUAUUUAUGCAUUCUUCAGACUGUACCAGAUGCUUUUUUCACGGCUACAAAAGAUGAAGGAACUUUCUGAUGAACUAGAUGGACUACCCACCCGCAGUGAAAUGUACAAUUUUAUUGCGUUGGAGCUUGGCCUUCAAAAGGAGCUUGGUUCUGGAUAUUCUGAAUGUGAUCGAUACUCUGAACUGUUGAAAAACAUUCAGGCUUUUUCAUGCAAUGCAAUGGAUGCCGUUGAUUUUGAGGACCGUGCCCGCAAUAUGUUUUGGACUUCUGGAUAUCUCAUAUUUACUGUGGAUCGCCUAAUUUCAAGUAUUGUCAAGCAGAUGCAACUCAUUAUCAGCGAUCCAAAGUCUAUGGAUCUGAUUUCACUUUUCUACCGUGAUCACGAAAGACCCUCUACUUCUUCUCGCCAGGAAGCCAUGUACAGAUUAUCCGCCGAAACACUUAUUCAAGAAGAAAAUGUAUAUCGUUUGGAAUUUUUUAUACCUGAGCGUGUGCUUACAGUCCAAUUACUAGGCAAAAACGACCAGCUUUCAGACGAUACAAUUUCAUCAGAGGAAAAAUGGUCUUUGUAUGUUGAUCAAUUUGUGCAGCUGUCUAUGGCUGAGGCGCUAGGCUUCCGUCGCAACGAACCCUUUUUAAAACGCACUUUGCCUAUAGAAGUCACGGAGGAUCCACCACUGUAUGUUGAGACUCGAUCUGGGCUAGAGCUCAAGAUUUGUGUCAACACAUACAAGAUUUUUUUUGUUGAUAAUACAGAGGAUUAUUUCCGUCGCAAACGCAGUGAAAUGAUGGCAGAGAAUGGCUUGACCGUGUCCAUUACUACAGAAAAAGGUAUCCAGUCGAAGCGCAAUGCCAAGUUUGCAGCCUGGCUAGAUGGCGAGAAUGGAUGGCGCCGAGGACUUACUAUUGAACAGUGUAAAAAUCGUCUUGCUGCAUAUCAGUCAUGGCGAGGCGACAAAGCUAUAUUGGAUAAAACCGCAAAUGAUUUUCCUAAUCUUACAGCAGCAUCUAAUGGUGUAAAUGUGACUGAAGUGAAAUCGGAUACAUAUUUGUCAACUUCAGUGCCCAACGUUGUAGCCAUGCCAUCACACACUGAGCCGACACCUAUAAAAUCACCGCUCUUAACAGCACCUGUGCAGUCUUUAACGACCAGUCAAAAGACAGUUGCUGAUGCACCAACAAGUAUUAAUGACGAUUUUGGUAAUGUAGGCAAGACACACAAGGAUGUAGUUGAUGCGAUGGAGGUUGAGGGAAUGUAGACUACCUAGAUCUAGUUUCAGCGUGUAAUGAACCACAAUUUAGGGUGAGUUGAAGUGGGCAGCAUCUUUUGGAAGCCAGAUGGGUUCAGAAUAAACAGAAUUUAUAUAUAUAUU